UAUGGCCUUCAAAAUUUUUGUGAAUGGAGGCUAUUGGUUCACCCACACCAACACCCACUUUCCCAUUUCAAAAAUUGAUACCAAUCUUUUCACUCAUCUCUUCUGUGGUGGUUGUGUUAGUAUCAACCCCCAAACUUAUGAACUCUCCAUUUCAAAUUCCACAAAACCCCUAAUUGACCAAUUUUCCAAAGCCAUCAAAGAGAAAAAUCACGAGGUAAAAACUUUGUUGUCCAUCAACGAAUCAGAAGAUGAUGCAAAAGGUGAUCAUGGAAGAUUUGCAGCCAUGGCUAGGGACUCUUCGAACCGUGCGACGUUCAUUCGAUCUUUAAUUUCGAAAGCAAGAGAGAGUAAUUUUGAUGGUGUGGAUCUUCAAUGGUUGUACCCUUCUUCUAGGGAGGAAAUGGCCAAUUUUGAAGCUCUUAUUCUUGAGUGUUAUAAUGAUUUUGUGAAAGAAGGUAAAGAGUGUCAUAAGCCAAGAUUGAUCCUUGUUGCAACAGUCUUUUACUUACCUUAUAUAGGGAAAGAUGAUGGUGUUAUGUAUCCAAUUGAAACAAUGAGAAGAACUUUGGAUUGGGUUAAUGUGAUUGCUUAUGAUAUUUUCACCCCUAUUUCUUCAAGCAAUGAAACUGGACCAUCCUCAGCAUUAUUCAAUAAUCCAAGCAAGGCAACUUUGGGUGGAUAUUUUGGUAUAAGAACAUGGAUUGAGAAAGGUAUGCCUACCAAAAGGAUGAUAUUUGGACUUCCUUUUCAUGGAUGGGCAUGGAAACUUGAGAGAUCUUACAAUCACAAUGUGUUUUCACCUGCCCAAGGACCAGCUCAAGGACAAAAUAUAUCCAUGGAAGGUCUCAUAGAGUAUAGGAAUGUUAAAAAAUUUAUAGUUGAUAACAAUAAUGUCACUAAUGUUCUCAUUGACCACAAAUAUCCAAUUGCCUACACUCAUUGUGAUAAUACAUGGAUUGCCUAUGAAAGUGAAGAAACCAUAACAGCCAAGAUUGCAAAAGCUAAAAUCAACUUGGCAAUGCUUGGUUACUUUGCUUCAAACGUUGCAGCCGACGAUGAUCAUCAUUCUCUAGCUAAAGCAGCAUCGAGGGAAUGGAGAAAAUCAUACGGCUACUAUUGGUGGUAAAUUCAAUUCCUCUCAUUCGAUAUUGAUUUUCACUCGUUGAAUCUUCUUCAUAUUUCGAGCCCACAAGUAACAAAAAUGUUGUAUAUAUAUGUUAAUUGUUUUGACAGUUUCAAAAUUUGAAUUUCUCCAUUGUUGUUGUUAUUUUACCAUUUUUUUUCAUUAUUUUCUUGAGUAUCGAGUAUCAAGGAUCAAGUAUCUAGUAUAUAACAUAGAGCAUAAAAUUAACAUCAA